UGCACCCCCUAUAUUCGGCUUUAAAAAAUCUUGUUUAUAGAGCAAAUUGAGUUUUUUUUUUUUUUUUUUUUGAUGUUGAAAGAAGAGCAAAUUGACCUAAUUAGCGAUUGUUCCAAUUUCAUAGAGAAGCAAGUGUAGCAAAGUGAACGUAAUGGGCGAAGCAUUGUUCGAUCUCGAACAACUUCUCAUUUCCAAAAAGGCAAAAUUGACACCUCAGGAAGUAAAUAUUCUUCAAUCAUGCAAAUCUAAAGCUGUGAGGAAUUUCACUGUUAGUUCACUUUUUGGGGGUGCUGUUGUAUAUGCAGCAACUAGGAAACUCAGUAAACCAUUUCGAGUAAACAUUGCAGCAGGAGCUGGUGCUUUUUGUGGACUGUGGAUAUUUAGCAGAUCCUUGUUCUCUUGUGCAGAUCACAUUCUUACACUGGAUGGCAGUAUAUUACAGAAGGAGUUGGCAAAUAUAAUGGUGACGAAGUACCAGAAUGAUCCUUCGCUGAUGAAUCUUAUAUCUAAGCAUUUUUAUUCGGAAAGGAUAUAUGACGACUCAACCUCUAAUACUCCUAAAUUAAGAUGGCGAUACCGUAAUUUUUUUAGCGAUAAUGCAAUCAAUGGAAACAGGGCACAGGAUCAUGACUCAUAUAAUGACUCUCAUGAUAAAUCACAAGGCAACUCUCACAAUGAUUCCUAUGAUAAAUCCCAAGGGUAUUCUGAUUCCUUUGAAAAUUCCCCAGGCAAGUCUGAAAAUAUCACCGACGGUAAAAGAACAACUCGUGCGACCAAGCAAAAAUUUAUAUAUUCUGGUCCUGAUAUCAUAUCAGAGGCAGAUCCUCUUGAUUGUCUUUUUGGUUAUGGUGCUCCAGUGGAGGAGAUUUUUCAUCCCAAUACCACAAACAAACCAUCAGCAACACAUCAUCGAAGCCAUAGAAGACAUCACCGUAGGCGUCGGAUGCGUGAUCUUGAUGACCUGUCGAACUCGGUUCAUGCAGCAGCUGUUUGAAUGCCACCCAACUUUUGCCGAAGUUGAUGUGUAAGGCUUAUGUAAAAUGCGUGCUUUCAUUUUCUUAGCAACAUUCAGGUCUGAUCCAUUUCUGCGAACUGUAUUACAGAACGGAAAAGGGUCCCUAGUGCCUUAAUAAUAUGAUAUUUGAAGUUUUUUCACUUUACACAACAUGAUAUUUGAAGAUAUGACACAGAUUAUUAUGAAUAUGACUUUGUUUGAA